AAGAGACGGGGAGGGAGGGAAUGAGAUUUCUUGCUACCCAAUCCCUCUUUUCCCCUGGGACAGCAAGCCUUCCCUGGUCCAUCCCUCCCUCUUGUUUGGUAAUCAUUUCAUUUUACUCCUUUUUGAAGCAGUCGCCCGUUUUAUCCCACUUUUCAUUUCACAAUCCCGUGCUCGUAUGUUCGCCUUCUUCUUCAGAGCAAGUUCGCGUUCUCCCCUCUUUCCACCCGCGACGAGAAGGUCUUCUUGAUCCCGGCUGAUCGUUGUCCUUUGAGAUGCUCCACAGCUCUUGCGCUUGCCUUCUCUCCACCCUCUUUUAACUAGAGACCGGUUAAUCUUGAGUGAACUGAACUUGGGUUUGGAAUCUAAAAUAAAGAGGAACACCCAAAGGGAUACGGUUACGCGUCUUUGGAUAAGGACCUCUAUCGCUUUCCCCAUUUGUUGCGCUUUGGGGAAGAUUUUUUCCCUUUCAGUUGGUUUUUGGUAAUCCAGGUGGCCUUGUUCUGAGAGUGCAGGAGGAUUAUUCCAUUCGAGCUGGUGUAGAGAGACAUCCCCCACAAGGCUAUUUUCAUGUUCUCCAUCCAGGACGGUCUCCCGCGGGGAGCCUUGACCAUGAAAGAAGAGCCCCUCACGAGCGGCAUGACGCCGGUACGCUCGUGGAUGCAGAGCGCGGGGAUACUAGAUGCCAACACAGCAGCGCAAAGCGGUGUGGGUUUGGCACGGGCCCACUAUGAAAAGCAGCCUCCCUCGAACCUGCGCAAGUCAAACUUCUUCCACUUUGUGCUGGCCCUGUAUGACCGGCAGGGACAGCCCGUGGAGAUCGAGAGAACCUCCUACGUGGACUUUGUGGAAAAGGACAAAGAAUACAAUGGUGAGAAAACCAACAACGGCAUCCACUACAGGUUACAGCUUCUCUACAGCAACGGUAUCAGAACAGAACAGGAUCUGUACGUUCGAUUAAUCGACUCAAUGACUAAACAGGCAAUCCUUUAUGAAGGCCAAGACAAAAAUCCAGAGAUGUGUCGCGUUCUUCUCACCCAUGAGAUCAUGUGCAGCCGGUGUUGUGACAAGAAAAGCUGCGGGAACCGAAACGAGACGCCAUCUGAUCCCGUCAUCAUCGACAGAUUUUUCCUGAAAUUCUUCUUAAAGUGUAAUCAGAACUGUUUGAAAAAUGCAGGGAACCCCAGAGACAUGAGGCGGUUUCAGGUGGUGGUUUCCACUACGGUGAAUGUAGAUGGUCAUGUCCUGGCAGUUUCAGAUAACAUGUUCGUCCACAACAACUCCAAACACGGGCGGAGGGCGAGACGCCUGGACCCCUCUGAAGCAGCCACUCCAUGCAUUAAAGCCAUCAGUCCCAGUGAAGGAUGGACGACUGGAGGGGCCACCGUCAUCAUCAUUGGCGACAACUUUUUCGACGGAUUACAGGUGGUCUUCGGCACAAUGCUGGUGUGGAGUGAGCUCAUCACACCUCACGCUAUCCGUGUGCAGACACCCCCUAGACACAUCCCUGGGGUCGUGGAGGUCACACUUUCCUACAAGUCCAAGCAAUUCUGCAAAGGAGCUCCUGGGCGCUUUGUCUACACAGCUCUGAAUGAACCCACCAUAGACUACGGCUUCCAGAGGUUACAAAAGGUCAUUCCUCGUCACCCCGGAGACCCGGAGAGGUUACCUAAGGAGGUACUGCUGAAGCGGGCCGCAGAUCUGGUGGAGGCGCUGUAUGGGAUGCCCCAUAACAAUCAGGAGAUCAUUCUGAAGCGUGCCGCAGACCUGACGGAGGCGCUGUACAGCGUGCCACGGAGCCAUAACCAGCUGCCCUCGCUGACGGGCUCCGGCGCUCACUCAGGCAUGAUGGGAGUCAACUCCUUCAGCAGCCAGCUCGCGGUCAACAUCUCUGAGGCAUCCCAGGGAGACCAAGGUUACUCUCGUAACUCAAACAGCGUGUCUCCUCGCGGCUACGUGCCGAGCUCCACACCCCAGCAGUCUAACUACAACACCAUCACCUCCACCAUGAACGGAUACGGAGCGGCCGGAAUGACCAACCUGGGCGUCCCCGGAUCCCCCAGCUUCCUCAACGGCUCCGCCGCCAACUCUCCAUACGCAAUCACCCCCUCCAGCCCCCUACUGGAACCUCAUGUCUACUCUUCGUCUUCAUCCAUCCCUCCCUCCAUUUCUCUGUCUGCGGGCCCUUUUUCAUUCUCUCCUGUCCAUAUGAUCUCUGCAGUCAAACAGAAGAGCGCCUUCGCGCCUGUCGUCCGGCCACAGACCUCCCCGCCCCCCACCUGCACCAGCACCAAUGGGAGCAGUCUACAGGCUAUGGCCGGCCUGAUUGUCCCUCCCAUGUGAAGAGGAACGACAGAUUUCUCUGGGCGUCCUCGAGCCCGUGACAAACUCACUGGCUCACCAAACCUGUCUGACACUCUUAUCAAACAUCACAGAUCCUCUGAAGAGAGCUACACCUGGACCGCUAAAAGCAAACAAAAAGGGGAAAAAUGUGCACCUGGCCUGAAAUUGUCCCAUGUCCUGGCUGUAAUGUCAAUAUAUUGUGUCACUUUUGCCCUCUACAAGUUCAUCCUUGGAGAUUCAGAGAACGCUGAAGCUGGGGUGACGUUUCGAGCAGGAAUCUUAAGAAGAUUUCAGAGGAGGAGGAAAUCCAGUCAAAGAUGAUUCGUUCCUGAAAUGUAAUGUCUUCAAGUUUUUUUCUUUCCUUUUUUUGUUUCUCGACCAUCAGAUGUGGGAACAAAUACAAAAUGAUCCCAGACAGAAAAGCCCCCACCAAGAUGAUAUUUAGCACUGAUCAGGAUUUUGGAUGUCAGUCCUUUUUAAACAUACUGUUUCCGUAGUUUCAAUGUAGUUCCAGGUGUGUGGAUAGGUAGAUUUAAGCCAGGAAUGCUUUCUGCAGUUUUAUCACAUUUAGGUACCAGACUUAUUGUUGAUCUUCUUAUCGUGCUCUUUUGUAUGUAUUUAUAAAGUUCGUUUCAGGAUUUCUUCGGUGAGUUAGGCCUGAAUAAUAGUAUCAAAUAUCUAUGUCAACACAUUUGAUGUCUUAAUACCUUUUAGAUAUUGUAAAAAGAGUGAAAAAUAAAAGGGAUUACACUUUUUUUGUAAAAACAAAAACGACAACAAAAAAUAAAUAAGUCUGAACCAGGACGCCUGUUUUUAAAGCAGGGUGCGAAGCUCCACAACUUUUGUAAAAAAUGACAUUUUUUUCUCCAAUCGUAUAUUUAAUGUUUUCUUUUUGCGAAAAGCAUUUGUGUUCUUGUUCCUCCUCUCGUCUCGUGCGUUUUUGUGAAACGUGUAUGAUCAUAGUUAUUUCCUUAUGCACUAUUUUUGUUGGGGCACUUACAAGAGCUAUGUAUCUUAGCGAGCGUAAGAAAUUAACGAAAAGAACAAAAAAAUAGAAAAAAACGUAUACAAAUAUGCACCGGUAUGUUUUCAGACUAUUACUUUUUGCUUUGGUCAUGAUACCUGACAUGGCUGAGAAUUGUUUAUCAUGUGAUUUUGUUGAUGUUUCUACAAUGUCUCCAUAAUAUUUCUCUGUCCUUGUGGGGUUUAUUUGACAUUAGAUAUUCAUUGGUUCACCGUGUAGCGUUGACUGGUGAAAAGUCAAAGUUCCUAUGCCGUCAUAUCUAGUGUGCUGAUAAAUAUACCACAUGAUAAAUGUGUCACAUGAGAUUUCCGAACCUGUUGGGAUUAUUUAAGUGGAGGAAUACUGCACAUGCGAUUCAUUUUGACGUGAGACCAUUCAUUGACGUCGGUGGUGGUAUUGUUGUUGUCGUUGCACACAUGCACAAUUUAUGCAAUCUGUAUUUAAAAUAAUGCAAGCAACUUGCUUAAUCCACACUCGUGUGGAACAGCUGUGAAAUUUUAUCAAGGGAGAUAUAAUGAUGCCUUAAAAUAAAAUGUGCUCCACCACUAAAUCAAAAACAAAAUCUUAAAGAUGCAUGUGAUAUGAUGCAUUUAAAUACUUUAGGGAUGACGUGGGAAGGAUAUUCUGUCAUUGGUUUACUGUCGUCUGACACUACAGCGCUAUAUACAUAGUUUUGUAGUCAUGUUUCGUUUUCUGUUUGUGACGCGACUAAAUAUCACCUACUGUGACCACUCGAAAAGAUGAAAUUUUAAUAUUCCCGCUAUGGUUUUACUUUCAUAAGGAUGUGUGUGUGCGUCUGUGAAAUUGUGGAAAACCUCCUUUAUUUCACAAGUGACCCAAUUACUUUACAUUCGUCCUGUCGGGGUUUCGACAGAAAUGGGGUAAAGGAAAUACAAUUUGACAGUGCCCGAUUGUACUGAAACAGCUGAAUUCAAUCUCAAAGUUCACAUGAAAACACACUUGUCAGAGACCCAGUUUGGCAUGAAAACACACACACACGCACACACACAGAGUUUUAUCCAUUCCCCCAUGCAUUGAGUUUUCUAAUAGCUUGUGAAAGGUUUUUGUCAUAGAUGUAGAAAGCUGUCUUCUGCUUCUUUCAUUUUUCUUCAAAAUCUGUUUUCUUUGGAAAUGUCGAACUCAAAGUGAAACGGGGAAAGGUACUGCAUCUUUGUGAAAUAUGAAAUAUUAUAUCAAAAUAUAUCAAAGCACAAUGUUUAAUUAAUGUCUUUAGGAUUCAGAUAGGGAGAUGUAUUCUACUUUCCGUUCUUCUCUGACCAUGCUGUAAAUAAAUGCAUGUUUUGCCUUCGUUUUCUUUUUCCUAUUUGGUUUUCCUGUGAUUCCGUGCUUUUUGUACAGAAACAGAAAAAUAAAGAUUACAUUU